AGUUUUUGCAUACCAACCACAAAGAGUUGCAAGAUCCUUAGAGAGUUGUAGGCAAGAAAGAAAGCCAGAUCAUAUACAAAUUUGAGCCGUACACUAGCAAUAGCUAGUUCUUCCACGACAAUGCCACAAAUGAAGACCAUUUUCCUAGGCAUUGUUGUCCUUGCUGCAUUCCUUUUAGCUUCCGAGGGUCGCGUAGCUCGGAAGGACCUAGGGAUAAACCUUGGUGGUGGAGGAGGCCUGGGAAUCGAUACAGGGAUUAACAUUGGCAUAGGUGGGGGUGUUAGCGGUGGCGGCUCUGGCUCGGCGUCGGGGUCGGGUUCUGCAUCUGGAUCGGGCUCCGGAUCAGCUUCAGGUUCUGGGUCUGGCUCGGGAUCUGGCUCGGGUGCCGCGUCAUCGGCGGGUUCAGGUGCCGUUUCUGGUGGAGGAUCCUAUGCUGGGUCUGGUGCAGGCUCGGGCUCGGGUGGGGCCUCUGGCUCUGGUGCUGGUUCAGGCUCGGGUGGAGCCUCGGGUGGCGGUGCUGGUUCAGGCUCAGGUGGAGGCUCUGGUGCUGGUUCAGGCUCAGGUUCUGGUGGAGGCUCUGGUUAUGGUGAAGGGCAAGGGAAAGGCGAAGGUCAGGGCCAAGGGUCUGGCUAUGGGCAAGGUUCCGGCUCAGGCCAUGGACAAGGUUCAGGCUCUGGUUCAGGUUAUGGUGAGGGGCAUGGUGAAGGCUAUGGGCAAGGUUCCGGCUCUGGCCAUGGACAAGGCUCAGGUUAUGGUGAGGGGCAUGGUGAAGGCUAUGGUCAAGGAAAUGGCGCCGGGUCAGGAUAUGGUGAAGGCCAUGGCGAAGGUUAUGGUCAAGGAACUGGCUUCGGACAAGGAUCUGGAUAUGGUGAAGGUCACGGGCAAGGGUCUGGUUCAGGCUGGGGCUACGGUGAAGGCUCUGGCAGUGGAUAUGGAAGUGGUGCUGGUUCUGGCUAUGGAGAGGGUCAUGGCUCUGGGUAUGGCUCUGGACAUGGUAAAUGAUCAAGAAAGUGGACUGUUGAAGUAAUAAUGAUAUAUGGUAGUGUCAAGUUUUAUAUUUACACUUGGACGUCAUUUAUGCGUGUUCCUUCAGUUCUGUAGAAUUGAGUCACUCAACUAGUGGAAGGUCAAAUGUAUAAUCCUGUCAUCUAUGCCGGAGUCUUUGAAUAAAUUUAUAUGAUGAAUAACUAACUCUUAUUUGGAUUA